UGGAAUCGAGUUUUAAAGCUAUUCCUUAACCUGUUCUGUUUACACUGUUGUUAGAAUUUGCCAAAUUUUUGAAGCACAAAUGAGUGGAAAGUUCAGAAAAUUUAUUUUUUAAGCAGACCACAUUCUGCAUGUCGCCAUCGUUGCCUUGGAUUCGAGUCAUUAAAAUCUCAUGCUUCAAGUUUUAUUCUCAGCGAUACAGUUGUAGUUCACAUUGUGAAUCUGUCAUACCGCUAACCACUGGACUUCUCCAACUAAUUCAAGAAUAAUGUCACUGAAAAGAGAACUAGUUGACGAACAAAUUGAUGUAAACGGAAUAAAAGUUUCACUAAAGUUGCUUGAAGAAGAGCAAAAUAUCGAAGAACUUGAACCUCGAACGAGGUUUUUGUCGGCUGGGUUCGCGUUUAUAGCCUUUGGCGUAAUAUUGUGGAGCGUUCUUGGUACGCAAGCUGUUGAUAAGAUUGUGAAAGCUUACAAUUUUCAAGAAGGCCUUUGCCAGGCUAACCAAAGCGUAGUUCUAGUGAGAAACCAAAGCUGCCAAUGCGAAGGAAGAUCUGUCUGUCAGUCGAAGUUUCCUUGCGUGAAAGUUAAUAUCGUCGUCAAGGAUUUGAGGAGCAACUUGAAUGAAUCUGUUCUUCAGACUGUUAUUUACGAUAGUAUCUACGAUCUCAAUGCUGAGUGUUCCAUUGGCCCUCCAUGUAAAAGGAAUUACCAAGAUAAUCUACAAGCUGUCGAGUCUUUCACCAGCAAAUUCCGUAACCAUAGUGACCAGGUCGCUUGUUACUUUAACCCCGCUGACCAGCAACAAGUCAUACUUAAUCGAGACAGUCACGUGAGCGAUCUUUUUCAUGCUAUCUUUUGGCCUUUCUUGUUCGUUGUCAUCGGUUUUAUUAUGUUUUGUAAAUUUUUUAGGUCGAAAUAGCAAAAAUUAUUUCAAAUGUGAGUAAUUUUUCGAAGAUUUUCCUUUUGAGGGUUUUAUUUGAUUUAGCCAGAGGAUGAGGAAUGGAUCACAUUAGCUUUAUUUCUGGCCAUGGACAUACGUUGCAACUCAAGCAUUUUAGCAUCGAAGAAGAAUAGCAUGGGCUAUCUGUGCUAGCAUCUUUGAAUUUUGACUUUACAUUAAAACGAGUGCGUCUGCUGUCCAAUAACACCGCGCUAUAUUCCUCACUGAAAAAGGUGGGCAAGAUAUUGAUUCAGGACGAUUCUAAUUUUCAUGAUUCAUUUUUAUUUAUAAGACUUUUUCGUUGUUAGUUAAUUAACUACGUCCUUUAGCUACGCAUGCGCAU